AUGGUUCAUGUUGUCAUUUUGUUCUGCGUGUGUUUGGGGCAAUUGGAUGGUACAUUUGGUGUUAAUACAGUGAAGUCAGUGUCAGUGCUGGAGGGAGAUUCAGUCACUCUAGACUCUGGUUUUACUGAAAUGAUGGAUGAUGAUGUGAUUCUGUGGAGGUUUGGAUCUGAAAACACUUCAGUAGCUGAAAUCAAUGUAAUGGCCGACAGCAUCUCUGUAUAUGAUAAUGUUCUUGAUGAGAGAUUCAGAGACAGACUGAAGCUGGAUCAUCAAACUGGAUCUCUGACCAUCACAAACACCAGAACUGAACACACUGGACUCUAUACACUACAGAUUAUCAGAAAUGUUAGCAAAAGUUUUAAUCUGACUGUCUAUGCUCGUCUUCCUGUUCCCGUCAUCAGUAACUCUUCAAACUGUUCAUCAUCAUCAUCUUCAUCAUCAUCUUCAUCACAGCAGAAUUGUUCACUGGUGUGUUCAGUGGUGAAUGUGGGUCAUGUGACUCUCUCCUGGUACAAAGGAAACAGUUUAUUGUCCAGCAUCAGUGUGUCUGAUCUCAGCAUCAGUCUCUCUCUACCUCUGGAGGUGGAAUAUCAGGAGAAAAACAGCUACAGCUGUGUGAUCAACAAUCACAUCACAAACCAGACCACACAUCUGGACAUCAGCAAACUCUGUCAGCCAUGUUCAGGUGUUUAA